AUGGAACAUCAAACAACGGCAAUAGGCAACACCGCAGCUGCGGGCCAAGAGAACUUCAAUGGGAACAGUGGACGCACGCACCACCCAUACGGGAGAUGUUAUAACAGUAAUGGCAGAAGCAAUAGCAACGAUCAUGAUAAUAACAUGAACAACAAUAACAACAACAAUAUCAACAAUUAUUACGGAAACUGCAAUAGCAAUACUACUAAUAAUAAUACUAAUAAUACUAAUACUAAUAAUAAUAAUAAUACUUAUAAUAACCAUGAAAACGGUAAUCAACGUUUUGCAUCUAGUCCAAUGCUGGUGGCCCCACGUCCAUCCCACAAUGGAGAGGAAGAGGGGAUUGUAACAUCACCUGUGAAUGUGCAAGCGCGUUACCGUCUACACAGUCCAACACUCAGCUGCCGCACCGGCGAUGGAUUUCUCUCUACAUCUCCCUGUGAUAACACCCUGCGUUCUCCACCGCCUGUGUGGAGUGCGGGUAGUUCCUACCACGGGGACCUGGCGCAGAAUCGGUUCAUGCCGACUGUUGCCUCUAGCGCCCCGAGUGGCGUCUCCUUCGAUAAUAGUUUGACCAACCGGGCGGUGAUGCCGUAUCCCGUUAGUUACGCCCCGUCCAACUUCACCAUGCCGCCCGUUCUCACCGGCAACAUGCCGCCCGCCCGCCGCGAGAACCCCGAACGCUCCCCGUUGGGCGACAACUAUUUGGAGGCCCCACACCCGUACACACGCAUAGGAUCACCCCCCGCUGCGAAUGGACUAUCCGUAGGGAAUAAUGGCUACACAUCCCCCAUACUACUUCCAAGUACACCUCCAUACAGUGGUGAUUUCAAUCCCAUGCGAAGUCCUAAUGGAAAUGCACAACGGCGUGGUAGUGGAAAAGGAACUCUGCCGACAAGUACACCUUCUACACUCGAGAGAUCACACCCACGACAGUCAAAGUUCACUGCUGUAGGAACUCUUGCAGAGGAAAGUUCUAUAGUUUCUGGGAGUAGUGCAAGUUCUAUACGAGAUGAUUUGGAGCUCUGUCCAGAUGAUGGUCUUUGUACACUUAUCAAUGACAGAAAACACCAGCGGAAAUAUGCACACACGUGUCGACUAUUCCCAUGUUAUCACGGUCAUGUUGUUCGACAUGCGAAAUUAUUCCGUCACGCACCCGGUCAAAUUGCCCAGGCGGAAGGACUCUCCAGCGAUAAGGGAAAACGGAAGAAAUUUCCAGCAGAGGCACUUGCAAGUGUUAACUUCAGUUCCAUCAGUCCUGAGGCAUCUAACGCCUACCGUGUGAUUGUAAGCCACGGUGAUAAGAGCUAUGAAAUAUUUGGUGACUGGCAGAGUGUACGCGUGCACACGUUUAAACGCUACCUACAUCAGGUGUUUAAAAUACCACCAGCAUCGCAGGUACUUGUGCGUGUGGAGGGGGCCGUGCAGUUGGACAAUGAAUUACAAUGUGUAAGUCAAUAUGAUGUACGCCCUGACACUGUCAUUACCUUGCGGCGAAAGGAGGACGAUGAUGAACGACCACGUGUGCCAAUUGAGGAUUUAUAA